AUGACAGGACAACUUGGUGGUGACACAAUAUGUAUGUACCCCAGGAACUACCCACACCAUGAAACUGCUGAACUGGACCAGGACCAGCAUCGUACCUUUUUGUACUACGUGACACAGUCCGUAAUUCCGUCUUCCGUGCGUUGCACAAGAACUAGAACACAAUCCAGGAUCUCUUUCCCGGAGAAAGGAAUAUCUUGCUGUCAAGCUUGUGGUUGUGGUACACAGUGCAGUGAAAUUCUGAACCGAAGCGCGAAGAUUCUCCGCGAGUCGGGAGGUAGUUACACUGUGUGUUUGGUAGAUGGUUAUACAUGUGUUGGGGGAAUUGAAUGCGGGAGUUUGGUUGACGGGUCGGGGAUUUCUAACUGUUGUUGGAGUAGGACUGAUGGAAUAGGACAGGGGGUGAACCGUGCUUCUGCUGCUGGAUUUCCGAUUUACGGAAUUUAG